GAGCUUUUAUCGCUCUCUGCGAACGGGGGAGGCUAAGCCCCUCGAGCAGGUAGCAGCACGCGAACGGGUCCUUCCCCCCAGCUUUCUUCCCAAUUCUCUUCGCCUACCCUCCCUCAAGUGCUUCUCGACCUUGUCCCUUUCCUUGACAUUCGCCUCAAAAAAUCGUCUCGAUUUCUUUGCGCCGGGUGUCACAUCUGCAUCGACCCCUUUCCUUCAGUACUAUUUGUGAUCAAAAGAAUUCUCUUUUCAUCUUCACUUAUUACCCAAGACUGUCAACCUUGGUGUAUAGCCUUUUUUAUAUACAUAAAAUAGUAUUCUCUUCCUGACGAAUUUCCACAUAACGUGAGUCUGAUCCAUCCUGGCGACCCGCCUAUUCGAGAGGGCGUAAGCUCGCGCGCUUCCACGGCGACCGGCGACAUCGCAUCGCAUCGCAUUUACGCGCGACUCCAUGGCAAACAACUGCUAACCCGGCGACCAGCCCCAGUUCUUCUGAUUCCUUUUAAUUCUGGUCUUAUUUGGCACUGAUCGCCCGUCGCGAAUUCAAAUCAAAUACGAAAUCUUUCGCGCAAAAAAAGCCUUGAUUCUCGGUCGCGUCUUAGAAACCUCGCAAAAUGGCCACUCCGAGACAUCUUCCCAACAAACAUAACCCUCUGAUGACGGAUGAUAUCCCUCCUUAUCAUGAGCUGGUUUCGCGCCGACGUCUGGGUCAGACCCAAUUGACUGCGAAGAUGGUUGCUGCAGGCACUGCUGGUGAUAUCGAUCCAUCAAGCCUAGGUGUUUUCGACUAUGCGCACCUGCGAGCUCCUCUGCCGAAGGGCAUCACUUCGGGCAUCUUUAAGUCUUCUCCGAACUCGUACUUCCUUAUGCGUCGUAGUCAAGACGGAUACGUAUCUGCGACCGGAAUGUUCAAGGCGACUUUCCCUUAUGCUGAAGCGGUCGAAGAGGAGAUGGAGCGAAAGUUCAUCAAGUCGUUGCCUACAACUAGCCACGAGGAGACGGCUGGGAAUGUCUGGAUCCCGCCUGAGCAAGCGUUGGCUCUCGCCGACGAGUAUCGAGUCACUCCUUGGAUUUCUGCUCUUUUAGACCCGGCCGACAUCGCCAUCACAAACUCUCCAGAUAGCCCUCCUAAGAGAAUCACGGCGCCACCCAAAUUCGAGGCUUCACUGCCUGCACAGCCAGUCCUUGCACCGCCGACCCCGUCAUCGCUCCCCCGCAGCACGCGAGCCCGCCGUUCAGCUAGCCCCGCAAAGAAACGAGCUAUCGCGUCUCCACGGAAACGAACUGCUAAAGCUGCAGCACCUCAACCCUCCCCUACAGAUAUCCCACCUGUGAGGGAAGAAGUUGAGCCCGCGACGAAUGGCACCAAGACGGACGAGGAUGCUGCGUCUACCGCCGCUACUUCGGAGGUCGCCAUCAAGACCAUUGAGAAGGAACCUGCUGUUAUCUUUGCACCAGCUGAGGAAGAGCCUAAGGUGCAAAUCAAGGUUGGCCAGGAAGUCGAGUUCCACGGUGACGUUGAGACGACACAAACUGCUGUCGAAUUAGAACUCCCUAUUAGCGGAGAACCUAGCCAUGAAGAAGCUGCUCGAAUGAUUGAGGAGGCGAAGGAAAUGGUGAGAAUCGCUGCUGCUGAAACCGCGGCAUCGUCUGGCUCGAGUAGCAAGGGCAAGCGGAAGGUCGACGAUAUUGCUGCUGAUGAAGAGGAAGAGGAGGUAGAAAAUCCUGUCGAAGUUUCGGAUGAACCACGAUCUAAGAAGGCCAAGACUGAAAAGACGGAGGUACAGCUGAGAAAGGAACGUGUCAGAAACCGGGCAUUGGUUGGUCUUAGUGCAACCCUUGCGGUUGGCGCUUUAAUUCCGUACGUUAUGGGCGUAUUUUAGACCAUCACGAUGUUUCUUUUUCUUCUCAGUGUCUUCUUGAUUGUUUAGCCAACUAGUCUCCAUCCUGCCUCCAUCAUCACUCUGUUCCCCUCGUCAUAAUAAACCCAGGCAUCUUCACAGGGGGUUUGAAUUUGGUGGGGAGGCCCGGUCAAUCGUCUGUUAUAUUUGCACAUACCCCCAGUUGCUCAGAACCGGCUGUUCUGAUUUCGCGAAGCUAUAUGGAAUAGCUUAUGUAUACAUCCAUCCCCUUUCGGUGGCCUCUUCCCAGAAGCGAGGGCUCAUCGUACUCUACAGAUCCCGAUAAAUCCAUAAUGAAAAGAGAAAAUUCACUCGUUAAUCUGUAUUUGUGAUUUGUCAAGUUGAGAGAAUCCUCGGUGAUAUCAAAUUACGGAUUACAAUAUCUGUGUAGAACAAGGA